AUGCGGACUCUAUCGUUUGUGCUGUUUUCGCUGACUGGGAUCUUAGCUUUGGAGAACGGCAGUGAUAAUGGAGGCGUUGGGGCGGCCCAAAUGCCAGAUUGCGCAGUAAAUUGCAUCAAAGAACAUGUACCCAACUCUGGCUGCGACCUGCCUCACAUUACAUGUCUAUGCGAUCCCGACUUCCGUACAAAGCACGGCCCUGCAAUCGCACCUUGUCUCAUCGUGUUGUGUGAUGCCAACGAGAUCAACAAAGUUCAGAAUGCUUGGAGAGAUCAUAGAGGAGGAUGCUUCAACUGCCGUCGUUGUUUCUGCCUCGUCGACGAUUGCGAUAAGCGACGUUACCGUGCAGACUUCAAGAACGGAAGUACCCAACAUCUUGGCUCGAGUCCUGGUCGAAAAGACUUUAAUACCAACGACCAUGAUAUUGAUGCAAAAGCUGGCGCCAAGAUUAACCCCACUGAGGUCAACACCAAGACGAACCCCAACACCAACAACCUCGAGUUCAACCUCGAGCGAAACUUCAACUUCAACUUCAAGCUCGACCCCAAGACAAACGCCAACGCCAACGCCGAAAUCCUCGACGAGUUCUACCAGCUCAUCAGAAAGCGAAACUGA